CAUAUAGCUAGCUCUUGCCUUUUGUAUUACCAAUCCUCCGCUUCUUUCUUUGCCCUUUACAACCAUGUCUGAUCUCGAAUUGUCCUAUGCCGGUGCCGCUCCUCCAACUCUUCCCACAGCCAACAUCUUCGACUUCAUCUUCUCAAAUCCUCUGCGAAGGAAUGGCCCUGUCGCUCAAUAUGCUCCAGAUGCUGAAUGUCGUAAUCAUGCCAUAUCUCACAUAGCUCCACACAAGCCUCUGCUUGUAGAUCCUCUCUCAUCUGCUCAAAUUAGUUGGGAAAGAGUACGACUUAACUCACUCCGUAUCGCGGCUGGACUACAUGCCCUGGGCUUGCAGCCCGCUCCUGCUGUACCUCUGUCCUCAACUGGUCACACUGCCAUCAUCUCCCCUGUUGUACUGCUACAUCUCCCUAACUCUCUGGCCUUCGCCCCUUUGCUUUUCGGUGUACUUGCCUCAGGCUUGACUGUGACUAUGGCCAACCCCGGUUUGACUUCAGGCGAGCUGGCUUGGAUUUUGAAGUCAUCAGAACCUCAGGUCGUCGUGACCACUCCAGAAGGUCUACAGGUCCUCAAUGCAGCCAUCAUGGAGAGCGAAAGCCCAAAAGUCAAGGCUAACCUGAUCAACACACAUCGUGUUUAUGUUGUUGACCCUGCACAUGAUGAAUAUGGUCUCCCAUGUGCGUUCUCUAAGGGUACCAAUCUGGAUCAGCACACACAAGAUUGGAAGGCAUUACUGGCAUCUCAGCCGCUGGAAAGCCCUGUUCAGUUCAAACCUAAUGAGUACAAAGACCGGACGGCAGUUAUCCUCUGGUCAUCUGGAACAUCUGGAAAGUCAAAAGGCGUAGUAUUGUCUCACCAAGCUCUCGUCAGCAACGUGCACUCACUCUGGCAUAUCAAUCAGGCGUUUGACGAGAACCAACGCUGGCUCGGCUUCGCUCCCUUCUACCACAUCUUUGCACUUUGCAACGUCUUGCUUCUUGCAGUUGCAUCUGGAGCCACCAUCUUUGUGAUGCCCAAGUUCGAUCCUAAGCUUAUGCUCAGCCACGUGCAACGCUUCCGCAUCACCUUCUUACACAUGGCACCUCCGGUCGCUGUGUUGCUCGCCAAAUCGCCCAUGUUGGAUGCAUAUGAUAUGACAAGUAUCCAAGGUGCCGUCAGUGGAGGUGCUCCUCUACCAUCAGAGAUCGUAGAGCAAGUAUACCGAAGACUAGGCAUAUUGAUCAAGCUAGGCUAUGGUCUAUCGGAAGCAGGUUCUGUAUGUAACCAGGUGGGUGAGACUUGGGAAGUCAUCCAACCACAACUCGGCAACACCGGCGUACCAUGCUUUGGUAUCGAGCUAAAGAUCGUGUCGGUCGAUGACCCUACUAAGGUCGUGGCAAAGGGACUCGAAGGUGAAAUUUUGAUCAGAUCUCCAACAAACAUGACCUGCUACCUCAACAAUAAGGCUGCGACAGACGAAGCCUUGGACAGCGAAGGCUGGUUCCACACUGGAGAUGUAGGCAAGAUCGAUGACCACGGGCACCUCUGGAUCACCGAUCGUCUGAAGGACGUGAUGAAAGUCAAAGGCUUUCAAGUCUCACCUUCCGAACUCGAAAACAUCCUGUGCGGUAGCCCAUCCGUUGCUGACGCUGCUGUGUGCGGUCUUUUCGACGCUGGGCUGGCGACAGAGCUACCAAGAGCAUAUAUCGUCCCUUCUUCGAAACACUUGGUGGACCAAUGCACGCCCAAUGGUCCCAUAACUCCGGAGCUCCAGGUCCUUGCUAAGGAAGUCAAAAAGCUAAUGGAGAGCAAGACUGUGCGGUAUAAGUGGUUGACGGGUAAUGUUGUGUUCGUGCCUGCAGUGCCGAAAUCGCCGAGUGGAAAGAUUUUGAGGCGUAUGCUUGUGGGAGUUCAAGGUGUUGAGGUGAAAUUGUACUUGAGCAGGGCGGAGAAGGCGAAGUUGUAGUAUGUAGCCAACAAUGACACAUCUGCUUGUGAGCGCA